AUGCCCCUCCGAAAGAGCCGAGCGGCAGCAGCCUGCAAUUUUUGUCGCGACAAAAAGCUCAAGUGCGAUGCUCAGAAACCCACAUGUGGUCAUUGCGCAGCCAAGGGCAUCGAUUGCCAACAGGGUCCAAUCAGACACAAGCCAAGGCCGACUAAUCGGCGCAUCGCACAAUUGGAGCGUGAAAAUGCGUUAUUGCGUCAACAGGGGGGUCGAAUACCGGAUAGAAAUAUUCCCUUAGGCGACGAACCAUCCAUGAUGUCAACGGAUGCUUCUUUUACAAUGAGUCCAUCUCGUAGUCAAGCGGAAACCUCAAUAUCCCAGGCUGAGGCCUCGCCGAUUGAUCGACCAACUGUUUUAAGCAAUGGCUCUUCUCAUCCGGAAGCGCCCGAUAGCGAUCAUCUCAAAAGCUCAACUUCGCUCUACCAUGGACCGACGAGCGCUGUUUACGACGAUACUGAACACUCUAGAAAUAAUGAUUCUACAGAGUGGACCAAUUCACCGGUGAAUGAGGGCUGGACCCGGAGUCAUUUGUUUGCAGAAACAGCAAGACAACGACAAUUGGAGCUGUUGAAUUUCUCCGCCGGAAAACUCGAUUUUGACGGCCUUGAUCCGGAAAUUGGAAUGCAUCUCUUGUCAAUAUACUGGUGUCGCCAACUCUAUACAGCGCAGAUCAUCUACCGACCGGCGUUUAUGCGAGAUAUGGCUUGUAACGGGCCUUAUUUUUCAAAAUUGCUUCUCAAUGCGAUUCUGUUCACUGUUUCCAAGCAUUGUGCGCGGCCUGAAUUACGCUCAGAUCCGGACGACAUUAAAACGACCGGGUGGAGUUUUCGCCAGCGUUUCACGGAGCUUUUACGGGACAGCUUCGACAAAAGCGAUAUCACUACUCUCCAAGCACUGCUCAUUAUGUCCAACUCACUUUUCUCCAGAUGUGACGAGCGAAGUUUAUCUUGGUUAUAUGCGGGGAAUGCAUUCAAUAUGAUCAUCGACCUGGGACUACAUGUUCUUCCUUCUCCAAGUAAGAUGUCACCGGAGGAUCUUGAGAUUCGGAAGCGGGUUGUAUGGGGGGCAUACUCCAUCGACAAAAUCCAGUGUCUCUACCAAGGGAGGCCACCACUCCUUCGCUACACGAAUUUCAAGGCGUCGUUGAACUUUCUCGACGAGUAUGACGAGCUCGACCCCUUCCAGGAAAUAACAUAUACCCCUGUCAAGCACCAGUCGGUUAUACCGACAUUGAAUGUUUCCUUGUUAACAAAACUAUGCGAACUAUCAAUCAUCAUCGAUCGCAUCCUGUGCGAACUCUACUCAGAGUCACAGGAAAUGAGCCAGAGCCAAAGCCAGGUUAUUUCUGACGACAUCAACUCAGAAUUAGGAAAAUGGCGACAAAACCUUCCACCCCAGCUUGAUUAUCUUUCUCAUCCCAGCGAAUGUGUUCUUCUUCCCCAAGCAUUCUGCCUCUUAGCCCUAUUCAAUGUCCUAAUAAUCCUCUCCCAACGACCAUUGUUCACAGGAAGCUACUGCCAAGCCGCCGGUCAGGAAGCAGCCUACGAAUCCGUGAACGUGUGCACAACAGCCGCGAAUCAAAUCGUUCAGAUCCUCCGUGACUAUUCUCAGCAUUUCUCCAUCAGCAGCGCACCAUACAUGCUAUCAUACGCAACAUACAUCAGCGCGACCAUCCACGCAAGAAUUGUUGCCCAAAAAGGACGGAACUCGAAUUCAUAUCAGUCGCUGCUGCUUUGUCGGACUAUUCUUUUGGAGCACCAGCGUCUGUACGCGGCAGCGGGGAAAGCCCGAGCUAAUUUGGACAAGCUCGUCGCGCAUCUCGACAUCAGUAUUACUGAGGAUGAUGAGCAGGUCUCUGCGGCUGUAGGAAAUACUGCAACUCAACAAUUAGUUGUGCAGGAACCCUUGCCGGCCUUUGGUGCUUCUAAUCUUGCGCCGCAGACUAUGGAGCUACAAUCUCCGCAGUUGGAUUGGGAGCUGUCGGAUCUGGAUCUCGAGGCUAUUGCCCAGGGAUUCCGUCUUGGGGGUGAACUAGAUUAUCUCAUGCGCCCUUCCGGUAUAUAA